GCAAGGGUAGUUGUGAAACAGUGGAGCUGAUGCUGCCAGACUAAAACCUCUGAUAUUUUCAUGUGUUGUGUUGUUCGUUAAAAAGAGUCGUUGUCCUCGUUGGUCAACCAGCUGGUGCAGUGAAUCAAAAAAGAGGAGUUUAAUCUUUCCCAGCGUGAAGAAAUGAGCUCGGUCAGAGAGGAAGGUAAAGACCGAAUUAUCUUUGUCACCAAAGAGGAUCAUGCAACACCCAGCAGUGCUGAGCUCAUAGAGGAAGAUCCCAAUGACCCGUAUGAGGAGCAAGUAUUCUGCUUAAACCUCCUCUCUCCAAUCCUAGGUCUGAUUCUUCCCAGUGGGGAGAUCAACUGGAACUGCCCCUGCCUGGGUGGGAUGGCCAGUGGUCCCUGUGGGACUGAAUUUAAGGACGCCUUUUCCUGUUUCCACUAUAGUAAAGAGGAGGUGAAGGGCUCUGAAUGCUUGGAGCAGUUCAGGGCCAUGCAGGAGUGCAUGCAGCGUUACCCAGAGCUCUACCCACAGGAAGAUGAGAAGGUGCCACAAGAACAGUUGUCGGAAACAGAACAGACCUCGCAAGAAUCUGGAUCUCCAGAAACACUAGGUACAAACUCAACAUCUACCAUGGAGCAAGGCUCUAAUACCACACAACCAAACACAGAGAGCUCAGCAGAAAGCUAAUAAUGAGCCUCAGUGACAAUGAGAGGAACAAGUGUUUAAAGUGUUUAAAAUCACAUUUAGUCAUCCUUUCUUGCAGACAAAAAUGAUGCCCAAAUGUCUUUAAAUUUACUCGAGUGUUUUUUAUUGUUAAAAGGAAGGUAAAAGUUUUUGAGGUAAUAUCAAAAAUACUUGUUUUACUCUAGCAGCUGUGGGCGUGUCGGUGGCUGAAUGACCAAAAGAGGAGGGAGAGACGAAGUUUAAAAAAUAGGAAAAAAAAGCUAACACCAUAACUUACAAGCAGUUUUGUCAGCAGUGGUAAAGAAGAGUAAUGGUCACACCACCAUCCAGACAGUUUGAAAAGUUAUUUGCAGGCACAUUUAGCGUGCUGUUUAGUGUGCUGCAGCUGACCAGCUUUAUAGCCAUCAAGCCCACAAGCUGACAUUAGCAGUGCACUUCCAGGUGAAGGUUUGCUUGGCCACUUGUUCAGCCACCUAAGGACAGAACAAGACGUCUUUGUAAGUUAGCUAGACUUAAGAAGGAAAGCUAAUGUGGGUUGUUUUUCAAAGUCUGUGGCUACUGCUUUAUGAAAAUAUUUUUGUAAUGAUGCACGGACAUCACAUGGAUUGAGAACUGUUAUUCAGAUGGAUUUAUGCACGAUCGUCAUGAAACUAAAAAAUAUAAAAGUACAAAAUCUCUAUUUUGGCUUCUAAUUUUUUCUCAAUGCAGAAGACAGAUGUGAUUAAUGUUAUACCAGGCAAAAACAUUAGGUUUAAUUUCACUUGGACUUUAAACCACUAUUUAUGACUAAGCUGGGCUUUUAAUUUUGUAAAACUAAUAGAAUGUGGUCCAGGAAAAAAAUGACUGUCUAGAAUGUUAAAAUUCAUGUUGUUCAGUCCUGCCUGUGGAUGCAGGCAAAACAAGAGGUGGAUAAUAUUUAUUUUUUACUUCAUUUUUAUAUGUUUUAUACAUUUUUCAUUUUUCAUUCUCCCAUGUCUGUGCUUUUUUCUUAUGGUGUAAAAAUAUUUAGCAUUUAAAUGGACAAUAUUUGUUACACAAGGUUUAUGUCAGUAAUUUUGCUGAUAAAGUUGCUAAAUUCACAGAGGGGGGAAGAAUGUGAUGAAGAAUAUGUUGUAACUCUCCAGUGUUGAAUCUUGAGUAGCAUGUUUCUACAGGUGCCCUCUGUCCUAUGGGGCUGCAUUUCUUCUGCUAAUUUAAAAAAAAAAA